UAGGACGAGUUAAAACUUACACUAUUUGUGACCACUACAAUCAAUAGUUUUAGAACCACUGUUUGUUUUGUAAAUAUUAUAAAAUGUUGUGUCAAACAGUGAAAAGGUUUCAGUACACAUUUCUUGCAGUUGGCAGUUUUGACAAAAUGUUUACACUUGCAGGUUUCGCCUUACUGGUUGCUCAUGUGAGCCAAGCAUUUGGAGCGUGUCCUACGAUUGUGACUAGACAUGAAUGGGGAGCCCGUGCUCCACGCAGCGUCACUCAUUUUUCAAAUCCCGCACACUACGCAUUUAUUCAUCACGCAGAGUCUGGAGAUUGCCAUGAUAAAACCUCAUGUUCCGCUCUGGUCAGAAGUUUCCAGAACUAUCACAUGGAUACACAUGGCUGGGCAGAUAUUGGGUACACCUUUCUGAUUGGCGGAGACGGCAGCGUGUAUGAGGGCCGUGGCUGGGAUGUUGUUGGAGCCCAUACUCAAGGCUACAACAGUGUUGGAUAUGGCUUUUGUUUCAUUGGUAACUUCAUGACCAAAGCCCCCACGGCUGCAGCAAUUCAAGCAGCCAAAGAUAUUAUCGCCUGUGGUGUCAGCAAUGGAAAGAUCCAGAGCGCUUAUGUCCUGAGAGGACAUAGAGAUAUGGGCAGCACUGAUUGUCCUGGAAAUGUACUUUACGGACUUAUCAAGGGCUGGCCACACUAUUAAUAAAUAUUUGGUUACAAAACACAUUUACCGAUGAUGUAAAUAUUUGAUCCUAAAUAAACACAAACUCUUGUC